UGUACGUAGAGGUGGACGCUGUCUCUAUGGCUGCGAAGGACGCGGAGAUGUGAUCCUGUUGCUUACGGUCGCUAGCAAAGUGUUUCGUUUACGUUACUUUUUUACGUGUUAUAACAAUCGACCACGCCAGCACCAGUGGAGGAUAUAGACCGGAAGCGAGAGCACGUAUGAUUGUUGUGAUGCUGUUAGCAUCCCGCUAACAAAGCUAAAGUUACCCUACGAAGUGUUUAGCUUUAUCUUGCCCUAAGCUAAGGUUUAAAUAGCUAACUCGACCCCAACCAGACUGUGUUCGUGCUAAUUGCCAUUAACACUCUGCUAUUUCAACAAACUACAACAAGUGUCUCGAUGUAUCACAAAGAAAAGAGCAUUCAGAUAAAAAACAGCGCGUCGUCGCUGUACAACAACCUGGGAGUGCUGCGCAUCGGCCCGCGGCGCCUCACCUACUUCACCGUGGUCCAUGCUAACGUGGUCAACAUGGUCAGUGCGUCCUGGGACGGACUCAACUACUCCCACCGUCAGCUUCAGUCCAAGGAGCCCAAUGUCGCCACAAGCACGUCGCUCAUCAUUCAGGCUGCAUUUUGUGUCCUGCCCUCUCGUGAGCUGCUGGUGGUGACCUCUCAGAAAGGCAUCCAGAUGUAUGAAUCUGAUGGCUCCAUCAUGGUGUACUGGCAUGCACUGGAUACUCCGGAGACACCCACAGCUCAGGCUGUGUUUGCUCGAGGGAUCUCAGCAGUUUGGGACAAUUACAUAUGUGUGGGCGUGUCGUCUGGAUCAAUUCUCGUAUUUGAUGUUCCAAGUAAAGGCAGUAAUAUCACCUUGUCUGAGGUUCUGGAGGAGCACAAGGAGGCGAUCACUGACAUGGCUUCAGAGUGCUCUGGCAGCCAGGAGUGCAUCGCUGAUCUGGUCAGUGCAGACGAUGGAGGAAACCUGUGUAUAUGGAAGUCUGGGGAGGAAUUUCAGCUGCUCAACAAGAUCCAUGGCUUUGACAUGAGUUGCUCGUCAGUCAAACUGUGGAAAGGCACGGUGGUGGCAGGUUACGGCACAGGCCAGAUACGUCUCUAUGAGGCAGUGACGGGGAUUCUGCACGCCGAGGUCAACGCCCACGCUCGAUGGAUAUACUCACUGGACAUUGCUCCUUUUUCUGGACUGCUUCUGUCUGCGGCCGAGGACUCUCUCGUCAGGGUGUGGCACCUGAAUAUGACCCCAGAGACAAACAGUGUGGAGGUUGCCCACUUGCACAACGAGUGUGUGACGGACACGCAAAUAUGUGGCGCCAAGUUCUGUGACGCCGACGGCUACGCUUUUGCAGUGACGGGCUACGACCUGAGCGAGAUCAUUCGCUACACGCAGACAUAGAGGGACCAGAACGUGAACAGGGAGACGUUUAUUUAGUGUAAUAUCUUUUUUUGUUGUUUGUUAAGAGUCACAGUUUCUAUAGAUAUUUUAUGUACAAAUGUUUACAUGUAUGUGAAUGUAACCUUGGAGACUAAUACAAUAUUGUGCUAUUU